AUGACAAACGAAAAGAGAUUCACCGGCUCCCGCAUCAACGUCAAAUCCAUCGAAACCCCCUCGAGCGCAGAAUGGCGCAUCCGCGUAUCGGGCCCAAAUAUGAUAAACCUCAUGAACGGCCACCGUCCACGAGACAUGGACGACAAAUGGAUGUGCAUGACGACAGGGCCCGCCGAUCAAGGACUGAUCCGCGUACGCAUGUGCAGAAGCUGGUCUGACAGAGAAAUCAUCGCGCUUAUAGGUCGUGUCGGAAGUGAUGAUGAAGCGAUUAUUGCCGAGGAAGGGGGGGAGAUUUUGGCGAUUAUGUGGCCGACGCCGGAAGAGGAUGAGUAUGACCCUUGGGAUGAGGAGAGUGCGAAGAAGUUUGCUGUUGGGUUCUGUCGGCAUUUGAUGAAUUGUGAGCUUGAGGAUUGA